AUGUCCUCUCCCAAAGUCGCCAUCAUUGGAGCUGGCCUUUCAGGCCUCGCCCUCGCACUAGCACUCCACCAACAGGGCAUUGAAGCCACAGCCUAUGAACAACAAAGUGCCCCUCUCGACAUCGGAGGCGCCAUCAUGCUAUCUCCCAACUCUCUCCGCGCUCUAGACAAACUUGGUGUCUUUCAGCGCAUGCUCCCGCGAAGCUACAAGUUCAACGAAUUAUACUUCCUAUCCCAGGAUGACAAACUCGUUGACGUUUUUGAGUUUGGCAACGAGGAAAAGUACGGGUACACCGGUAUCCGUGUCUAUCGAUUCGAACUCAUCAACGUCCUGCUUGAUCUUAUUCGUGAGGCGGGCAUCAAGGUUGAAUACGGAAGAAAAUUUGACCAAAUCGUCAACGAGACUGACGAGAGUGUUACUUGGCGCCUCACUGAUGGAUCAGAAGAGACUGCUGAUCUUCUCAUUGGUGCUGAUGGUAUUCACUCUCGCGUACGAUCAUAUCUUUACCCCGAUCUCACACCCAAGUUUACAAACAUGAUUGGCGUCACUGCCGCUGUUCCAACGAGUCAACUCAAGCUUGAAGAAGGCGACUACAAGCUUCCUGCUACUUUCAUGCACGACAAGCGUGGCGCGUUUGUAAUUGCGCCUCAGUUAGCUGAUGGUUCAGAAGUCCUCAUUGGCAAGCAGAAAGUCUUUGUUGGCGAAGAUCCCGGCCGUGAUGCUUGGAAAGCUAUGAACUCUGACAAGACAUGGUGUGUUGACUUCCUCAAGGAAGGCAAAGAAGACUAUCCUCCCAUCGUCUCCAACGCAACGUCUCACAUCUCACCUGACAAGGUUAAUCUCUGGCCUUUCUAUCUUCUCCCCAAGCUUGACAAGUGGGCUUCUAGCGAUAAGCACGGUCGUGUAGCUAUUCUUGGAGACGCAGCCCAUGCUAUUCCUCCUACUGCUGGGCAAGGCGUGAAUCAAGCUUUUGAGGAUGUUUACACUUUCGCUGGUGUUCUGGGACAGUUGAAACCGAACAAUGGUAAGGGCUUGAGUGACACUUUGGAUCGUUGGCAGAAGGGAAGACAGGACCGCGUUGAUAAGAUCAUUGAGUUGAACAAUGAGAUUAAUAAGAGGAGGAUGCCAAAGGUUGAUGGUAUUGAGGUUGAGACAAAGCCUUUUGACGUGGAUUGGCUUUACUCAGUUGAUUUGGAUGAGGCUGUGAAGCAGUUUGUGGGAAGUAACUGA